AUGUCUCCGGUGGCCGAUGUUACUGAGCCGACCAUGCACGAAGACUCUCAAGAAACGGAGGAUGCAAACAAGUAUCUUAAGUUCUCGAGUGUGAUCUUGAUCUCAAUAGUACUAUGCUUGGCGACACUAUGCGUAGCAGUGGACAAUACGAUAAUUUCGACCGCCGUCCCUCGGAUUACCUCUGACUUCCACAGCAUCGACGAUGUGGGUUGGUAUGCAGCAAUCUACCCAUUGACAUCUUGUGCAUUCCAACCUUCCUACGGCAAGAUCUAUACGCUUUUCUCCAGCAAACCCGUUUUCCUGGCAGCGCUGCUGAUCUUCGAGAUUGGAAGCGUUGUAUGUGCCACUGCGCCAAGCUCCAACGUUUUCAUCCUUGGACGGGCAUUAGCAGGUCUGGGUUCUGCGGGGAUACAAGCAGGCACGACACUUAUUCUCGCCGAGUGUGUGCCGCUACACCGGCGACCGACUUGGAACAGUAUCAUUGGUAGCAUGUUUGCAGUUGGGAGUGUAGCUGGACCGUUAUUGGGAGGAGCAUUUUCAGAUUCAACUACAUGGCGUUGGUGUUUUUACAUCAAUCUCCCAAUCGGGGGUGCCGUCAUGAUCUUCAUCGCCUUAUUCUACGACGGGACGCGCAGCGGCAAAAGAGGACUCGAGUCGAUCGGAUUUCGCAACCAUAUUGCGCGAUUUGACUUGUCUGGCACUGUAAUCUUUGUGUCCGCGACGAUUUGUCUUCUCUUAGCACUCUCAUGGGGUGGAACCACGUAUGCAUGGGACAAUGCCCGUAUCAUAGCCCUGCUAACGAUCUCCGGUGUCUUGUUCUGUUCCUUUGUGGGCGUCGAGUACUGGACGAAAGAUAAUGCCAUUGUGCCUUUACGUUUACUGCGCAGGCGAAGCAUAAAUGCAGCGAUCUGGUUUGGCCUUUGUCUUGGUGGCGUGUUCUUUGUCAACGUUUUCUACAUACCACUAUGGUUCCAAAUCGUUGACGGUGUCUCCGCCGUCGAAUCCGCAAUCCUCUUCAUCCCAUUCAUGCUCAGCGUCGUCGGCGGAUUCAUGUUCGCAGGCUUUGGAACCGCCGCGACAGGAUACUACACACCUUUCGUCUACGCAGGCUCAAUCUUCAUGUCAAUCGGUACUGGUCUUCUCAUGACCGUCAAACCUCAACAAACCUCGCGAGCCAAAUGGGUCGGAUUUCAGAUCCUAUGCGGAGCUGGAAUCGGCCUGGGAGAAGAACAAGGGUUAUAUAUGGUGCAGGCGACACUACCCGAAGAUGAUGUAGCAACUGGAAUUGGUCUCAUCUUGUUCGCGCAGACGUUUGGUGGAGCACUCUUCGUGUCGAUUGCGCAGGCGGUUUUCCUGCAAAAUAUCAGCAAGGCAUUGAAAACACUGGCACCAACUGUGGACCCUAAGUCUAUCCUGGACGGCGUAUCGACGGGCUCUUCGAAUGCCCAGACGUCACCAGAGUUGCGAGCAGUCUAUGGCGUGGCGAUCAAAGAUGCUCUCCGUGUCGGGCUCAUACUCGCAACAGUCUCGAGUCUAGGCGCCGUUUUAUACGAUUGGAAGAGCCUGAAGACUAAGCGCGACGAUGGGAAUGGGGAACGCAGCAGUGACAAUGAGCUGAAUCAUGGAGUGGAAGUUGAAGCAGAGGAUAAAAUGUAA